AUGAAUUCAGAAAAAAAAUUUCUGGAGACAUUAAAAACACUUGGCUUUCCGUAUGUAAACAAAUAUUCGGCUGCUGAUUUCGAGUCCAAUUUUGCUGACCCCCAGUUGCGUCCGUUUUUAGAAUAUUUUUGUACUUUAGAUGAAGAUAAUAUUUUGACCUCAGAAGAAUUAGAUGAAUAUGCUUCUAUUACUCCUCAAGAAAUGAAGGCAUUGGAAGAAUUAGCUGCUAAUGAAUCAGAGGAGCAUGAAGCGGUUCUUUUGAAAGAAAUUUCAAACUGUGAAGCUACAAAUAAAAGUUUAAGGAGACUGUUUGAUGAUUUUUCAUUGAAUAAAGUACCUCAGGGUAUAGCUCAGCUAUCUACAACACUCAAAUCUAUUUCUACAUUAAUUUCCAAUUUGAAAGAUGUAUCUGAUAUAGCUGAUGAGAAUAUGGUGUUGCCUUUUUUAAAUUAUGGAGAUGUUGAAGAAUACUUUAAAAAUGAAGAAAAACUUAGCAGUCUUGUGCUGACUAAUCUCCUGAAUGAUUUUCAGUUUGAAGAUGAGGAUAAUACUAUACUAAAUGUACCUGGACUUUCUAAACUGGAGAUUUCUAAGGAAAUUCAUAUUUUAAAGAAUUCCUUGAAAGUGUCGAAAACUUGUGAAAUCAAAUCAAUUUGCAGUAAGAUAAAUACUGAUAAAACUGUGAUGCUUAUCAAAAAAUUUCAAAAUGGUUACUUUGAUGAAGUACUUGAAAUGUCAACAGCUCAGUUGAGUUAUAAAUUUGAAAAGGCAGCCCAAGUGAAUGAAUAUUUAAAGAAGAAGGAGGCUCUGCUGCAAUCACAUCUUUCUGAUGCCAUAGGAGAACAUGUGGAAGCUCAAAGUAGACAGAUAGCCAUUGCACAUUGUCAUGAAACACGUCUAAUCUAUAAAAACAGUCUCGAAAACAUUUCACGUCCUCUCCAAUAUUUGUUGAAUCAAAAAGCACGAAUUGAGUUCCUGAAUCUACUAAUAAAUAUACACCAGGAGUACUGGCAGGAUGUUAAAGAUUUGCUUUACAAAAUUUUCCAUUUUGUGGACUCUGAAAAGGAAUCAUGUCUCUUUAGGCAGCAAAAAAUUGAAGAAUUCAUGAAGCAAGCUAAAGUCGAGGAAACACAUUUAAGUCCUGAUUCAAUAUUUGUUUCUGCUUAUAAAGUUUUGAGUGAUGAUAUUGAGAAUCGGGAACAACCUCUGAUUACACUUCCUGAUGUUGUAAAAAGCAUUGAAAAACUAUUUGAGAGAAAGGAGUUCAUUUCUAAAAUUAAGGAUGAAAAUUCUGAAGUAAUAAAAAUAUUAGCAAAACAAUACUUAGAUUUGGAAAAAAAUAUUUCAAAUGGAAUCGACUAUGAUGAGUUAAUGAGAGAAGAAAAGAAAUUUAGUACAAAAGUCAAUCAAACUGAAGUUCUGCUUGAGGAAAUAUCCAGCUUUGUAAAGGAAUCUGAAAAUGAUUGGCAACAAAAAAAUAAGCUUUUAGUAUCACAGAAACACUUGAGACUGGCACGAAGUCUCUUCAUCUUCGCUCUACUGGAGAGAGAGAAAUUUGAAAAGAUUGCUGGGAAUAUAGUGCAAGCGAAACCACACCUUUUGUAAAGAAUAUUAUAAUAAUGAAAUUAAGAAUUUGUUGAAAAAAAUUAUUUAUUAAAAUUAUUGUGAUGUGAACAAAUGACUAUAAAUAAUAUUUUUAGAAAUAUUUAUAAAUCACAAGUGUCGUUUUUAGGAAAUCGUCAAUUGAUUCUAUAAUGAAACCAGUUAAAUUUUGCUGUAACUAAGUUCCAUAUUGGAAACAAAGUCACCUCAUUUGUUAACAUUGGAAGCUGGUAAAAUUUUCUUUUUUUACCAUAAACACAAAUAUUUCAAUGUAAAUCACUGAUGAAACCAACUGUUUUUGCGAAUGUAGAAUAAAUGAUUUUUACGAAAACUGUAA